AUGGCAACUGCACCGAGUCCGCCGCUCUUGAAAUUCACAGGCUCGAAGCAUCUGAUCCAACGCCUCGUGCUAGCCACCCUCGCUGGAAGAGCAGUUCGCAUAAGCCAGAUUCGAUCCUCGUCACAUUCCGCCCCCGGUCUCGCGCCUCACGAAGUCUCCUUCCUCCGAUUGCUGGACGCCAUCACAAACGGUUCAGUGAUCGAGUUCUCAUACACCGGAACGACGGUUCUUUACAGACCAGGUCUCAUCACAGGAAGCGCAGUAGGACAUGGCGCAGCAGGAGGAGUGAUCCGCCACGAGCUUCCAGCCGAUUGCUCAAGAGGCGCAAGCUUCUUCCUCGUCCCUCUAUGCCUGCUCGCGCCCUUCUCCAAAGCGCAGAUCAACGUAAUAUUCACCGGACCGGGGGUCAUCACAUCUGCGACGCCAACGGGAGACAUAUCAGUGGAUACGGUCAGAACGGCGAUUCUACCGCUGUAUAAGAGCUAUGGGAUUGAGAACAACUUGGAAUUGCGGGUGCUUCGGCGAUCAAACCCAGGCCCAGGAGGCAAGGGCGGUGGAGGGGAAGUGCAGCUGGUAUUCGGACACCAGGUACGACUGCCAAAGACAAUACACAUUCUCAAUGCUGGAAGAGUCAAGCGCGUCAGAGGUGUGGCAUACGCGACUGGGGUUGCAGGAGCCAACAACGCUCGAUUGAUCGAAGCCGCGAGAGGCGUGCUGAACGAUUUCGUUCCCGACACAUACAUCUAUUCGGACGUCAGCGCAGCGCCCUUGAUCGCUGCGCCGGAGAGGAACAAUGCGAAUGCGAAGAAAAAGAUUGGACUUGGGUUUGGGUUGAGCUUGGUGGCCGAGUCAAAUACAGGAGCGCUGUACUCGGCGGAUAUCGCAAGCUCACCGAGCGGAGGCGAGGUUCCGGAGGAUUUGGGAAAGAGGUGUGCAUACCAGUUGCUUGAGUCAAUAUCACAAGGGGGCUGUGUAAGCGGCGUCGCGGCGCCGACCAUGCUUACUAUGAUGGCUAUGGGAAGCGAGGAUGUGGGUCGAUUGGGAAUCGGCAAGGAGGUUCUCGGCUCAGAGACUGUUGUCCAGCUCGCAAGAGAUCUACGGACAUUUGGCAUGAGCGGUUGGGGAUUGAAGGACGGCAAUCACGAGGAGGACGCCGUGGUCAGCAUUGUCGGCCGAGGCGUUGGCAAUGUGGGACGAAAGAUUGCUUGA